CUUAUAAAAUUCACUCCUCUGGCUCCCUUUCAAAUUCUACAUCGUCCAACCGCGGCCUAGCGAGUUGGGGAAGUACAAGCCUUUCUGACGACAUUCUACCAACAAAUAGGCCGUAGCAAUGGAUUCCAUGCCGGUGAAUUGGGAAGUACUCGACAGUCUGAUAUUCGAUUUCGCCAAAUCGGAAAACCUCAUUGAUGACUCACUGGCUCCGAUUUCACCUCAGUCGUCGCCGUCUCCUUCCUCCUCCUCCUCCUCCUCCCACUCGCGGCUGCUUAUUAGAAAAAUUAGGCGUUCUAUGGAGGCAGGAGAUGUCGAUGCUUCCCUGGAUCUCUUGCGUCUCCACGCGCCUUCCCUUCUAGACGAUCACCGCCUUCUUUUCCGCUUACAGAAGCAGAAAUUCAUUGAGCUUCUAAGAAAAGGUACAGAGGAGGAUUCUAAAUCUGCUAUGGAGUGUUUGCAGACAUCUCUAGCUCCAUGUGCAUUGGAUGCUUACCCAGAAGCCUACGAGGAAUUUAAGCAUGUUCUUCUUGUACUUGUUUAUGACAAAAAUGAUAAUAGUUCUCCUGCGGCACAUGAGUGGUCAGAGAAGAGGAGGUUCGAUCUUGCUGGGUUGCUUUCCUCGCUAUUGAGGGCACAUUUACAUGCAUAUGAUCCACUCUUCGCAAUGACAUUGAGACACUUGAUAAGCAUACAUAAAAACGUUUGCUCUCGACAAGGAGUUUCAUCACCCAUUUCAGAUCUUAUAGAGAGAUUGCUUUUUGAGGAUCGAGAUCAUCCAGCAACACCUACAGAGAGUCUAUAUGAAGCUCCUCCAUUUGAUGAGGUGGACAUACAAGCUCUUGCUCAUGCUGUUGAAAUCACAAGGCAAGAAGCAGUUGAUAGCUUGAGGUUUGCUAGGGGUGAUGUAUUUCAAGCAUUUCAGAAUGAAUUAUGCCGUAUGAGAAUGAAUUAUUCUGUGCUUGAUGAUCUUGUACACGAGUAUUGCAUUUAUCGAGGUUUUGUGGCCUUUGGUGUUGCAUCCCCUUCAACACCUGGAAUUCAAGGUGUUUCUGGAGCAGUAAAUGAUGAUGGAUCAGAGUCUGAUUGUUUAUCACUGAACCCUCCAUUUCGAAUUUUCCCUGGAAACUGCAAAGUUUCUGAUGGUGAGGCAUCUCUUAGUAAUAUUUGCAUGGAAGCCUCACCUAAUAGCAGUAUUGAUACUGUAAGUAUGCAAACUACUGAUGUUGAAGAGCGUUUCUUUUGUGAGACAAAUAUUCCUGAAGACUGCAGCACCAGUGGAACACAUCUAGAUGGAAAAGUUCUGCUGAAAAAUGGAAUCCAUAGAACUGUGGGAAAGAAUAAGCGUAAGCGGUGGAUGAGGAGAGUUGAGAAACUAGAUUAUAUGUCAGAAGCUACAUUCCAACGAAGCGGUGAAGAGGUUAUAUCAAGCACCUUGGGUGCCAGUACAAAGGCUUCUCAAAAGUUACCCGCGGUAAAGUUUGGAUGCACCAGAGAAUACGAAUAUGAGACUCUUCUGGGCAUUAAAGAGCUAGCAAGCAAAGGAAUGGCUGCAGAGGUGGUUGAUGAAAUUAAUGCUUUAGACCCAAGUUUUUUUGCACAGAACCCAAACUUGCUUUUUCAGCUGAAGCAGGUUGAAUUCUUGAAGAUGAUCAGUUCUGGUGAUCACUCUGGUGCGAUAAAGAUAGCCUGCUCGUAUUUGGGUCCUUUGGCAGCUAGUAAUGCUCAAUUGUUGAAGCCUUUAAAGGAAACAUUAUUGAGAUUGAUGUACCCUAAUGAAGUAGUACUGAGUGAACGCUCGCCACUGUUUGGACUAGCAACGUCACUGCAGGUUGCUGCUGGGAAGAAGCUUGGUAUUGAACAGCCCCAGCUUAUAAAGAUUUUGAAGGCAACACUCUAUACACACAAUGAGUGGUCCAAGCUUCAUAUGUGCAAAGAUCGGUUCGAAAGUCUUUUAAAGAUUGAUUCACUUAAAGAUAUCAGCAGUCACUCAGUUAUAACUGCCUAUUCUAAGUCCGAUAUUGACAUGGGCACUCAUGGGUCAUCUCAAUUUACUUCAUCCUCAAGUAACAGAGUGCAAGGAGAUGGUAGCAGCUCUGUGCAAUCACCUACCAGGGAUGUGGAAUGUGAUGAAACAGCGAUAAUUAAAGUUAUGGCAUAGGUGGGUGUAGUGGCCUCGUUGAAAUAUCCUGCUUUGGUCUUCAUUCACACAAAAUCAACGUAUGCAGGAAUUUCUUGCAUUGCCAAGAGCAGAUGCAAUUCAUCUUCUUGCACAGUACAAUGGAAAUGCAGAGAUGGUCAUUCAGCAGAUAUUCACAUAAUUUGCGAUCUGAUGGAACUGGAAUUGGAUGCCCUUGCUGAAAGGAAAUGCUUCUGAAAGCCAAGCCUGCAGCUCUAUGUCUAUGUUAUUUUCUUUCUUUCAGACAUAGCCUUGUUUAGAUGGGAUUGACCAAGACUUGAUGAAAUGAACUGUGCUAGAGUGCCUCGAAAUAUAACCCGAGCAAAUCGUCAUACCCUUUUUGUUCACAAAGUCAAGAGCUCACAUGGUGUCUCUGUGAAGUCCAUGUCUGUGAGGCAAAGCUUAGGGUUCCAUUUGAGGUUAUUUUACAUGUUUUUGCCCCUAAAUUAUCAAAUGGAAGCGUGGGAGAGUAGUCGAAAAUAAGUUUUAUAUACACUCUCAUUUUUAUUAGUGAAGUGUUGAAAAAGGUUAAAUACGUUGCUUCUUUUUUUGUACUCCGAGUAGUAUUGUAUAUCUAAUUUUUCUCAUAUCUUUUGUUUUCUUCUAUUAAUUUCUAGCAUAAUUAUGCAUUUGAAGUAUUUGGGAACUUAGACACAAAUGUGU